AUGCAUAUCAAAGAGCUGGACGUGUUCCGGUUUGCUGAAGAGCUCAGUCACGUCAACUGGUUCUACAGCAGCGUUGUCCUCCUCGACGAAGUAUCAUUUGACAACCGUGGCAUGAUACGAAAACGGUGUCUCGGUGCUGGCAUUUAUGGGGUCACCGGCAUCAUCGAUUACUACAACACUGAAGGAACCUUUGAUCGUGUCCAGUUCUUCACAUGCUGUCGUGAUUUUGCGUACUCAGCUCGCGGACAUGUACGCCAGUACCCUGGUUCAAAUUCUGUUUGGAUCAUGGACGGUGCGUCGAUUCAUCGUGGUCUCGAGAUCAUUCAUUUUCUUCGGAGCAUUGGCAUUGUCCCAAAUUUUUCUGCCGGCUUACUGCCGAUUCUUCAACCCAAUUGA